AUGCCUCACGAAGACACCCUUCGAGUCGCCUAUCUUGGGCCCGAGGCAUCCUUCUCCCACCAGGCGGCCAUUGAGCUCUUCUCACCCGAAGGAACAAACCCAGAGGAACCAAAUUCACAACCAGAGAUAACACUGCAGCCACUACCUUCCUUCACAUCUAUCUUUUCUUCGGUCCAGCGAACCUCCUCUUCCUUUUCCACAGAAUCCGCACCAGGACAACCCGACUCCCAGCCCUACGACUACGCCGUGAUCCCGAUCGAGAACAGCACCAACGGGUCCGUCGUGCAAGUUUUCGAUCUCCUAGGCCAGUGCGGCCUAGACGACGACAAGAACAACACCGACAGCAGCACAACCGCUCAAUAUCCAGACCUGCAGGUUUGCGCCGAGUACUACCUGCCCGUCCACCACUGUUUGUUCGUGCAUCCUUCUCAGACCGUCGAUGCCUCUUCGUCCUCAUGGUCGCCUUUACCGGAAAGAUCACCAGCCCGUCAAUAUCCUCCCAUCUCCACCCUUUACACACAUCCGCAGGUAUGGGGCCAAUGCGGACGGUUCCUGUCGAAACACUUCCCCGCGGGCGUCGUGGAGCGAAUCGAUCUGGGAAGCACAUCAGCGGCGGCUUCUCUAGUCGCACGUGAAGGAGCUGCCCCUUCAACAGUGUCAGGAGCAGAUACAGAACCUCCAGCUCUCGGCGCAACAAUAGCAGCGAUCAGCUCACGACUCGCCGGUCAGAAACACAACCUGACGUGCCUAGCCGAGAACAUCGAAGACUCGCCCGGCGAUAACACAACGCGGUUUCUCGUGCUGCGCAACGCGCGCCUGCGGCCGCGACAUCCUGCGUUCCACUCCGCACUGGUCUCGCGGUUACAGCUCACCACUACGAACAACCAUGAUGUCGAGAACCGCACCACCAAGGCACAUGUCCGCCAUAAAUCCCUCAUCACGUUCACGAUCCCACAUACCAAGCCUGGCGCGCUGGCGGAUGCGCUGGCGGUCUUCAAGACCCAUGGUUUCAAUCUCACUAGUAUUGAUACGAGGCCCAGUCGGCGCCGGAAUUGGCAUUAUGUAUUUUUCGUCGAGUGUGAGGAGGCAGAUACAGAGGAGGACAACGCUCAAGGUCAAAGGGAGGCAAUAGCACUAGACCAUGGGGGCGGCCAUGAUACCAAUGAUUUGGACGCGAACUUGAAGAGUAUUUUGCACGGCUUGGCAACGUAUACGGAGAGUCUGCGCUAUUUAGGACGAUUUGUCGAUCAGUUGCAGACGAAUGGGGAAGAGCAAUGA